UCUCUCUCCUCUCAGGGUGGAAAUCACUUUGACCAGUAUGAGGAAGGUCAUUUGGAGUUGGAACAGGCGUCUUUGGACAAGCCCAUCGAAUCGGAUAACAUUGGGCACCGGCUCCUUCAGAAACAUGGCUGGAAGUUGGGUCAAGGCCUGGGCAAAACCAUGCAGGGACGAACUGACCCUGUGCCCAUCAUCCUCAAAUAUGACGUCAUGGGAAUGGGGCGCAUGGAAAUGGAGCUGGACUAUGCAGAAGAUGCCACAGAGAAGCGUCGGGUGUUGGAAGUGGAAAAAGUUGACACAGAGGAACUGCGUCAAAAAUACAAGGAUUAUGCGGAGAAGGAAAAAGCCAUAGCAAAAGCUUUAGAGGACCUGAGGGCCAAUUUCUACUGUGAACUGUGUGAUAAGCAAUACCAGAAACAUCAGGAGUUUGACAAUCACAUCAACUCCUACGAUCAUGCACACAAGCAGAGACUGAAGGAGUUGAAGCAGAGAGAGUUUGCUCGGAAUGUGUCUUCUCGCUCCAGGAAGGAUGGCAGGAAACAGGAGAAGAUGUUGCGGCGGCUUCAUGAACUGGCCGAACAGAAGAAACAGCAAGACCAUGUCCUUGGUAGUGGCCCCAUGUUUAAAACUACCACAGUGGCAGUAGAUGGAGAAAAGGGGGAAGACUCCAUGGAUGGUGUGCCUAUGAUAUUGGAUACCAACAGUGCCCUGGCCUCGACUUUGAACAAACUGAAGAUGAUGAUGAGACAGGAGGAAGGUUACUCUGGACAGGAGCCACAAUAUUACCAUUAUGUACCACCUGCACAUUGUCGGGUCAAGCCGCAUUUCCAGUUUCUGCUUUUCAUGAAGGCUUCAGACCAGUGUGAUAGCAAGGAGGAGGAUGUGGAUGGAGCAAAAGAUGAGAAGGCACCAGCAGGUAAUGACGGAGAGCAAAAACAUAUCAAAGGCAGUAGCUGCACAUCUGAAAAAGAUGUGGAGAAGGAACCUGCACUGACACAAAACACAAAUCCUUCUCCCACAUCAGCUAAAUUGAAGACCGAGGAAGAAUCAAGUAGUACACCGGCAGGGCUAGGUGAUACAGCAGUGGUAGAUAGCUCAUCCCAACAAGCUGAUCCCAAGCAAGGAAUGUCCGAGCUUACAGACACAGGUCCCCGCAUGCCAUCUGGGCCUUUCUUUCCUGUGCUAAGUAAGGAUGAAAGCACCACCUUGCAGUGGCCUUCUGAGUUGUUGGAGUUUACUAAGGCACAGCCAUCCCUCUCCUACAGUUGUAAUCCUCUUUACUUUGACUUCAAACUGUCAAGAAACAAAGGAAACUGGGCAGGCAAAAACCGCAAACCUGCCAAGCCAGUUAGCACUGAUGGACGAGAGGGGUCUAAGCAUGAAAACAUAGACAGUGCUCCUGCCACUAGUGGAGAGACUUGCACUGCUACAACAAUUGCAGGACCCAGUACCGUUCAAAAAGAACAACCAUCCUUGAAAGAGGAGGGUGCUGAGAGUGAGAACAACGAGCAGAAAUUACAAAGUAAUGAAGAUGUGUCUGCAGGGUCUAAGAAAAAGAAAAAGAAACACAAGAAGUCAAGCAAGUGUUCCAAACAUAAAGAUAAAACAGCAGUGGAGGGGGAGUUAGAAAAAGAGAUUCCAGGAGAGAAAACUAAAAAGAAAAAGAAACGCAAAAGAAAGAAAAGCAAAAAUAAACCACAUAGCACUGAUGACAUCGAAGCAGAGGGAGGCGACGGUAAGGAAAAAGACAAGGAUGACAAAGAUGGAGUAGCCACCGCUCAGUCAUCGGGAAUAAGCACAUCCCAUGAAGGAGGAAAGAGAAAACGUUCCCACAAAAUGUGGUCUGGAGUUGAGGAAAGCAGUGCAGGAAAGCCUAGCUCUACAGAGGAUCACAAUGGUACUAAACGUCUUAAACCUGACACCAACACACCUGCCGCCUCUUGCUCUGCCUCAGCCCAAAAGAGCAUAAGUGGAGGUCGACCUCCAAGUAGUGACAGCGAGGAGGAUGGCAGAUCAUCCUCUCAACGUAGAUCUGGUCGAGCGGCAGCGAGGUGCGGUGGUGCACUCGUCGCUGGACAUCGCAGUGACGAUUCUGGACGAUCAGGGCGUUCACGUAGUAGGUCGUCUCGUCGAGGAGACCACAACCAUAGACGUCAUAGAGGUCAAAAGUCACGCAGUCGAUCCUGCUCGAGUAGCUCUGAACGUUCCUCAGCAGGGAGCAGUGCUUACAGUCGCCAUAGCUACUCAGACAGUUAUAGUGACUACAGUGAUGAAAACCGUCGCCGCAGAUCAAGAAGACCUUCAUCAGACUCCGACUAUGAAAGGCGUGAUAGUGGGCGAUCUCACAGGCGACGUUACACCUCAUCUUCUUCAGAGGAGGACUCCCGUUCACGCUCACACAGCCGCAGGAAGCAUGAUCGGCGGAGACACCAACGGAGCAGUAGUCGCAGCUCCAGUCGUAGUAGUAGGAGUAGCAGCGCUCGUUCUUACAGACGCAGCAGCUACAGUCGCAGCCGUAGCUCUGCUAGUCGUUCAUCUAGCUACACCAAGGGCUCUCCACAUCGGCACAGUCACAGCCGGCGAUCUGACAGCUCGACGCGGCGGCGGAAUUUCAACCAGUCACGAAUCUACCAUUCCCAGUCUCCAAGAAGGUCCUCUUCCCGCACACAAACCCGAAACAACUCUUCAUCGGCACAAGGAACAAGAGGUAGUGGGGGAGCUUCCUCAAAGGUGGGAGGAGGGGCUGCAGAACAUCGAAAUUCAUUCACAGCUCGACAACUCUUGGAGAAAAUCCAAUCUAAAAAAGGAGGGGAUGAAUCUGGUACUGGAACCAAGACAGGCCUCAAGAUCAAGGAUCCUCCACAGGGAUACUUUGGGCCCAAACUCCCCCCUGCCCUUGGAAACAAAAGUAUGUUGCCCCUUUUUGGCAAGCUCCAAGCAGGAAAGAAGCCACCAUUACUUCCUCUUACACGUUCAACUGAGGGCAAAAAGUCUGAGCAGGGAAAAAAUUCAGAUAGUAACGAAGUUAUCCUGAUAGAACCCAUUCGUGAGUUUCCCCCACCACCACCUCCACCUCAGCCACCAGUUCAACAACAACAAAAGCAGCAAUUGGAGGAGGCUGUAUCAAAUGCUGCAGUGUCUGAAGUGACCAGACAUUCACCCUCAGACCCUCCAGCCCUUCAUGAGUCUCAGCCACAAUAUGAGCAGGAUCCAGCAAUGAUAUCACAAUACCAAGGUGAACCGAGACAAGACCCCAAUAAUCCCAUGUUGGACGGACAUUUAAUGGGGCCUGAAAUGGGUCCGCAGCCUACUAUGCACGCCUACCCUGGUUACCCUCCCAACAUAGAGGAUGGGGAAAUGGGCAUGGAAGCUGAAGAGGAUGGUCUUGCACCUUUAGAAAGUCAACCAAUCACCUUUACCCCAGAGGAAAUGGAGAAAUACAGCAAGUUGCAGCAAGCAGCUCAACAGCACAUUCAACAGCAACUGUUAGCCAAGCAGGUGAAGACCUUUCCCUCAGCUGCAGCUGCUGCAGCAGCAGCUAACUUGGCAGCAGUGGCCAGCCUUGCCCCUGCACCACCGCCACCACCAGCUGCACUGCAGCCUAUCCACAUUCAGCAACCCACAGUUUCUGCAGCUUCUGCUACCUCCAUUACCACAGUGCAGCACGCCAUCCUGCAACAUCAUGCUGCUGCUACUGCCAUGGGACUCCAUCACCAUAACCCACAUCAUCCCCACCCUGCCCAUGCCCAGCUAGCCCAGGUGCACCACAUACCUCAACAUCAUCUAACCCCUAUCUCAUUGUCGCCAUUAGGCCAUUCUUUGGGUCAUUCACUGGGUCACUCUUUAGGACACACUGGCUUGAUUCCCGCCCACCACACUGCCUUCCUUUCAGGCCAACCCAUACAUAUUAUACCGGCCUCGGCGCUCCAUCACACUCCUUUUGCUCUACACCACUUCCCACAUGCUGCCCUCUACCCAACUCUCUUUGCUCCUCGGCCAGCCACUGCUGCGGCAGCGGCUGCCCUACAGCUACACCCACUUCUUCACCCUAUCUUCUCAGGGCAGGACCUUCAGCACCCUCCAAACCAUGGAUCCUGAAAAUCCGUCUUCUCUUAAAGAGAGGGCCUGGCCCAGCAGUAUGAAUAGCUAAUAGGUUUUAGCUACUGGGUGACACGAUCUGGCGACCCACUGUCCUCUACGUGCUCUGCUACCUUAGGGUGACCUCAACAGGGCUGUUUAGGAGUACAUUUAAAUUUGAGGACAGAAUAAGAUCUUCUUGGCUGCCUUUUGAGAUUGUAAUGAAAUUGAAUGGCCUGAACCAGGAGCUAGGUUGGCAAGGUCGACAUAUGUAACAUCAUACAUACAUACAUACAUACAUACAUACAUACAUACACACAUAUAUACAUAUAUAUAUAUAUAUAUAUAUUCACACAAGGAGUAUGAGUUGCAAGAGUUGGUUUAUAGUCCAAGACAUGGAUCUUACAACUAGGAAGCCACUGGCAUAUUGUUUAAUUUUCUAUGGUAUGUCAUCUAUUUUUGUUCAUUUGUCUAAUGUGUUUAUAUAUAUAUAUAUAUAUAUAUA